AUGAGCCAAGCUUUCCCAAAAUGUGAAGAAGACUGGCUGAGAAUUGCAAGUGAUUUUGAAACCAAACGGCAGUUACCCUACUGUUUAGGAGCUAUUGAUGGGAAACGCAUCAGAAUUGUACCUCCUAAAGAAAGUGGAUCGUUUUUCUUCAAUUAUAAGAAAACAGAUAGUGUUGUCUUAAUGGGUGCAGCUAAUGCAAAUUAUGAAUUUGUGUACUGUGAUGUGGGAACAAAUGAGAGAGCAUCCGAUGGAGGGGUUCUGCAGAACACUAAAUUUUACAAACUUCUUGUUAAUAAUAGUUUAAAAGUUCCUCAACCUCAACAAAUUGCAAAUUCGCAGGAAAUAGGCCUAAUGGAGUAUGUUUUUGUUGGUGAUUAUGCCUUCGCAAUUCACAAAGAAAAAUCAUCAAAGGAAGAAAGAAUCUUUAAUUACCGCCUCUAG